UCGAUUGUCAUAGUAAGGCUCGUGUCAUUGCACAACGAAAUGAUAACAUUCGACGCUAUGUUGUCUCACGUUUCAACAGCAGUAUCCGUUAAUAUUAUGUUAAUUUCUGCGCAAAGCACGGAAUCUUCAACCAGUAAAGCAUCUAGUUGCAGCAAUUCGUGCCUUGUCACGGAUGUGGUAAUAAUCGCUGUCGUAUGCCUCGUAGCAGUACUGCUUGGCUUUGUACUGGGGAUUCUGGCACGAUGCUAUAUGGAAAACCGUAGGCGCGGUGAACAUAAUCUCAAAAUUGAAGCUAAAGCCACUAGCUCCAGAAGCAAUGAAAACAUCGAAACUCCACCCAGAACCAGGCAGUAUGUUGAUGCCACAUUGAUGAACGCUCCGCGGGCUACAAUUGCAAAUAUGCAGUAUGGUGUCCCUAAACAGCGAAGUGAACAGGGUGUCGAGAACAAGCUUAUGUCUGCUACGAGCGAGAAAACCGAGUCAUUGUCUGCGCCCCCAGAAUACGUGUAUUCUUACUCGAAGUCACCGAGUGACCAGUACACCAUCAUAGACACUGAUAAAUCGCCUAAUGCUGACUUUACCACUGGAUCAGACGGCUAUCUUACACCUAUAGCGAAGAAUACCAAACCGAAAAAGAAAUAGUACUUAGUUAGCAGUCAUUUAUAUCAGACUGUUACGUACUGUUCUACGUGUGAUUGAAUUUAUUAUUCUCAUCGAGGUAGUGACAUUCAUUAAUAAAGGAAUUGUUUAUAAUUUCAAUUUAAGUAACAUAAAUACUCAAAAUCACCGAAUAUUUCGCUAAAUAUUUCGUUAAUAAAGUUAACCCAUACAAAAUAAGAGUUCCUUAUAGCAAUAGCCGAAAUUUCAACGCUAGAUGUGGUUUGGUAAUAUAGAUUUAAAGAGAUGCACAAUGCUCGUUUUUAUUUUUUUGUGGCACAAUAUAUUCCAUUUUAAUUUCCGGCAACGUUCUCCAUUUAUACGACACACGAACACUAACUUGGUACAUGAACAUGUGUUGAAUAUAUUGUAGCGCAAAAACAAAAAGACCAUUUUGUAAAUUGUUAAAUCUAUGUUUCCACAUCUAGCGUUGAACUUUAUUUUUCGAAAUAUUGUACGAAAUAUUCGUUGAUUUUUAGGGUUUAUGGUCUUUAAACAUAUUUUUAAAAUUAAGAUUUGAUACCGAUACAAAUAGUUAGCGCAAUGCAAAUUACAGUAUAUUAAAGGUUAAGGGGAAAACUCUCCAAGUAUUAAACACAUUAAACUUGCAAUCGAUCGUUUAUAAUCGACAGCUUUCGAAGCAAAGUACUGAAUCAAGCAUCCGAUGGGGUAAUCACGUGAUAGUCAAGAUGGCGACGUCCAUGCUAGACAGUAAUUUUUCGCUGUUUUAUACCCUUUAUUUCUCAUGUUUUUUUUUUAAAUGACGCUAACUUUCCAGCCAUAUCAGUAAAAAGGUUAUAAACUUUUAUUUCGUAUUUAAAUUCGCUUUAUAUCUCGACUUUACUACCCGCACAUUUUCUUAGUGGAGCACUAAUUAGGUCAUCCUGCUAAGAAAUUUCGCAGCGAGUACAGUCGAGAUAUAGAGCGAAAUAAACGGCGAAAAAUACCUGCAUGAACGUUGCCAUCUUGAUAAUCACGUGAUUACCUACUCUGAAGUAUUGAAAUUGGUAAAGUAAUAACAAUGUGGUGAUAUUUUAUAGUGAAGUUUCUAUAUUAGCAAUAGCGUGUGAUUCAUUUUGAGUUCAUCGACUUAAUACUCUACUUUCGUACCAAGCAUACGGUUUAAUGUUAAUUCCAUUCACGCCAAUCACUUUCGAAUAUAUGUAUUUCAUAUUCAUGAAUAUGUCUAAAAUAUGUCUUAUAAAUGUAAUUGGCUUUCAUAAAAACAAAUGCCAUUUUAAUAUGCAUUGCUCUAUUGGACAAGGUAUUUACGUAUAUAAUUAUGUAUGUUGUUGGAAGUGAUAUGUAAAUAAUAAUAUCCCUUGCUAAACAAAAACGCCCUUUUAUGCAUUUUAUAAUUUAAAUAUUGUAAAUAGUUUUAUGUAAGUCCUUGCUAAACGUUAUACGAAUUUAUAUAUGCAUUCUUUCACUGCCUACAUGUCAUUUACACUGUUCAAUGUUUCCUUACUCGAGUAGGGUACAUAAUUAUGUUCUGACAUACACUUAUUGACUCAUGUUAACAAAAUAACGUAUAUGUGUGAACAUAUAUUUGUGUGAUACAUUACGAAUAUAUCGGAAUGCGGCCUGUAAUUUUUACUAAAUGAAAAUGAUGUGUUUAUUAUGUGAAAACUAAUCCAGAGAUUGGUGGAUUUUUUUUAUAACAACCAUUUGUCAUGGAAGAUUAAACAUCUAUGACACAUCUAGAUAAUGUCAUAUUGAUCGUUUGAAUUAGUGCUAUUUUUUAUCUCGGCCAAGGAAGAUUUGGCAUAUAAUGUCUAGCAGGCCAUUCAUUUUGCUCAAUAACAAAUGCACAUCACUUAAAGAGAACUGCAUGUUUCCUUAUUCCAUUGUGCUAACGUUAACAAACAUGUGUUAACUUC